CUCCCACUGCUUCACUGCUUAGGAAAACGUCCGCACCCUGUUUCACGUCUUACUUGCGUCCACUCGAAAACUUGGCAAAAUGGCUCUGCAGUGCAAGCGUGUUGCCGUCGGCACCAGCGGCCGUCGCGCGAUGGACGUGCGUGCCCAGGCGGUGGCCUCGCCCGCACCUGCGUCUGCGCCCAUGAAGACCAACGUGGCUAAAAUUGCGGUUCUGGGUGCUUCCGGCUACACGGGCGCUGAGGUCGUGCGGCUGACCGCGCUGCACCCCAACAUUAAGGUCACCGUUCUGACCGGCGACAAGCAGGCGGGCAAGGCCUUCUCCGACGUCUUCCCCCACCUGGUGGCCGCCACCAAUGUGCCCAAGCUUGUCAAGAUUGAUGACGUCAACUUCGCUGACGUGGACGCCGUGUUCUGCUGCCUGCCGCACGCCACCACGCAGGAGGUGAUCAAGAAGCUGCCCUCCGACCUCAAGGUGGUGGACCUGUCCGCGGACUUCCGCCUCAAGAACCCAGCCACCUACGCCGAGUGGUACGGCCACGAGCACGCGGCUGUGGAGCUGCAGAAGGAGGCGGUGUACGGCCUCACGGAGCUGUACCGCGACCAGGUCAAGUCGGCUCGCCUGCUCGCCAACCCGGGCUGCUACCCCACCUGCUCGCAGCUGGGUCUGUACCCCCUGCUCAAGGCCGGCCUGAUCCUGCCCGAGGACAUCCUGAUUGACGCCAAGAGCGGCGUGUCGGGCGCGGGCCGCAGCGCCAAGGAGUCCAACCUGUACUGCGAGAUUGCGGAGGGCAUCAACAGCUACGCAGUGGGCUCGCACCGCCACAUGCCGGAGAUCGAGCAGGGCCUGACUGAGGCUGCCGGCAAGCCCGUCACCAUCUCCUUCACCCCCCACCUCAUCAACAUGAGCCGCGGCAUGCAGACCACCAGCUACGUGAAGCUGGCGCCGGGCGUGACGGCCGACCAGCUGCGCAGCCAGCUGGCCAGCACCUACGAGGGCGAGCCCUUCGUGCGCGUGCUGCCCAAGGGCGUGGUGCCGCACACCCGCCACGUGCGCGGCUCCAACUACUGCCUCAUGAACGUCUUCCCCGACCGCAUCCCCGGCCGCGCCAUUGUCAUCUCGGUGAUUGACAACCUGGUCAAGGGCGCCAGCGGCCAGGGGCUGCAGAACCUCAACCUCAUGAUGGGCUGGCCCGAGACCACCGCCCUGCUGCAGCUGGCCAUGUUCCCCUAGGCGGCCACAGGGGGAGAAGAGGGGGCGGAGGGAGAGGGGUUGAGCGGGAGAGGGAGGACCGGAGGUGGAGCAGGAGAGGGAGGGAUGAGGCGGAGAGAGGAGGGGUUGGAGGAGGCGGAGCCUAGGGGAUGCAGCGGCGCGCGGCUAGAGUGCUACGGCGCUGAGGGGGGCGGUUGGGCGGGUGUGUGACCUGAGCGGCCGGUGUAGCACUGUGGCGCAGUGCGUACGGGAAAUGGCGCAGCGUUUCUACAGGCAGUAGCAGCUCAAAUGUGUGUUGUAUGUGUGUGUGUGUGUAUGGCUCUGGUUCAUGAAUGGACAAAACGCGGUGCGGUGUGCAUGUUGUCAGCUCUGUUUGCCUCCGAAUGGGACAACGUGGCAAAAUGCUGGACAAGAAUGACUCACUUGUUUGUGUUGCCUUAUGUUGGAUGUUCAGGGAUUGUGCGGUCUAUUGGCUGCUCAUGUUGGUGGCCAGGUGGCGGAGGUGUGUGUGCAGGCGGCUGGGCAGCGACAUCAGUGCGCGACCCCGCCGCCAGGAAUCGGUACCGGGGAAGCAGCAUGCACGGACGCAGGAAUUCAAGUUAUGAAAGAGCAGGCUUUGCGAGGCGCAUGCAGGCGGAAGCGCUUCAAGUGCAAGGGGCUUGCUGUGUGUACGAGACAGACGAGCUCGAAGUGAGCUCCGCGUUGAAGCGCUCGGGAACGCGUUCGUGGCGGGGUCCCGGUGGGUGUGAAAUCCGGCGUAGAAACAAUUUAAGAUCGUAAUUUGCCC